AUGCCCCGGGCACGCCGGCACAUAUGCCAGUUUUGCGGCAAGGACUUCCCCACCCCACAAGGGGUACUCUCCCAUAUCAGCCAGUCCACUGCGUGUCGAUCCGCGCGAAGUCAGAAAGUCAAUCAACGCGUACAAGAGCUUCUCCAUGGCAUACCUCAAGAACCCCCACCCUCAGAUACGACUGCCACAUUCCCAUCCGAUCUCGGAUCUCCUUCAGCAACCCUAUCGGAUGACAGGCAGCAUGGUGUCGGCGAAGCGGCCGACCAACCCUCUCCGACGCAACCCCAUCCCGGCUGCCGGGUGACUGUGGAAGAGGUCGAGGAUGAAGAAGCUGGCGGACUCCCUAAACGUUUAUGGCGUGGGGAAUAUCCGGCUUCAGCACGUACCACAUUCGAGGAGCUUCUUGCUCAGAAGCACAACAGCAAGACGCCAAUCGUCUCGCCAUUCGCAUCUGAAGAAGAGUGGGACUUGGUGAAGUGGCUCUUCACGAGCGGACUGAGCCAGCAAGCCAUCGAAGAGUAUCUAUCAUUGCCAUUAGUUCAUCUGUCGUUUCGGAACAAGUACGAGCUGUUGAAGAAGCUAGAUCAACUUCCCGGGGGCACAGCGGAGUGGAUCUGUAACGAGUGGGAGCUGGUGGGCGAUGAGAAGGACGAUAACGGGAAGAUGAAGACGGAAAAUGUGGAGUUAUGGCGUCGCAACCCAGUGGAGAUCGUCCGUGAACUCUUGGGUAACCCUGUGUUCGACGGAGUUGUGAGGUUUGCUCCCGAGAGGCUUGUCGCGUCCAAGGAUGGUUCGGAGAUUGUCAUCGAGGAGAUGUGGACGGCUGACUGGUGGUGGGAAACACAGGGGAACCUCCCGGCUGGAGCCACCAUCGCUCCGGUCAUUCUCUCAUCGGACAAGACCCAGCUCUCGCGCUUUUCAGGCGACAAGCAAGCGUGGCCUAUCCUGGAACCAUUGAAGGCUGCAGCACAGGACGGCGUUGAGAUGGUCUGCGCAGACGGGUUCAUCCGGCGAGUCCAUCCCAUCAUCGCUGCAUACAUCGCCGAUCACCCGGAGCAGUGUCUUGUGUCUUGCUGCAAGGAGAACUGUUGCCCCAAGUGCACCGUCCACUCGAACUCGGAUCCGGAAUCAGUAUAUGAAGUCAUCGACGAGCAAGACCAAGGCCUCAAACCUUCGGAGUUCGAAGACCUAGGCCUGAAACUCAUUGAUCCCUUCUGGCGGGAUCAUCCACACUGCGACAUCUUCUCCUGCUUCACGCCCGACCUACUGCAUCAGUUACACAAGGGAGUGUUCAAGGACCAUACCGUCUCAUGGGUGACAGAUGCUCUUGCUGGUGGAGCGGACGAGCUUGACAGGCGAUUCAAGGCAAUGCCGUCUCACCCCAGUCUCCGGCACUUCAAGAAGGGGAUAUCGUUGGUGUCGCAGUGGACGGGAACGGAGUACAAGAACAUGGAGCGUGUCUUCCUUGGCGCUCUAACAGGCGCGGCUGAACAACCGGAAGUCGUGCGCGCCGUGCGCGCGGUUCUCGACUUCAUCUACUACGCUCACUUCGAGGCUCACACUAGUCGCUCCCUUGCCCGCCCCGAGUCCGUGUGGCGUUCUUUCCAUGCCCACAAACACGUCUUCGCCUCCCUUGGCAUCCGCGACCAUUUCAACAUUCCUAAAAUCCACGCCGCCAUCCACUACCCCGUCUCCAUCCGUCAACUCGGUUCGGCUGACGGCUUCAACACGGAAGCAUCGGAGCACCUCCAUAUCGACUGCACCAAAGAUGCCUACAAUGCGUCGAACAAGCGGGCGUACAUCAAGCAGAUGACAACGUGGUUGAACCGCCAGGAGACCAUCUCGCGCUUUCAGCACUUCCUCGACUGGGCCAAGCAAGCAGAUCUCACCCGCAAGGAUUCGGACAUGGACACACCAGGGGCGGCAGGGUGCAUCGAGGACACGGACGGCGACAUUGAGAUGACAGACUCCGUGGGUGAUUCAAACGGUGCGCUUCCCCCCUACCUUGUUGCGAAAAAACCUCCCCUUCCCGCUGUCCCCAUCCGCGAACUGGUCCAACGCUUUGGUUGCACCAACUUUGUGCGCAACCUGGAAGACCACCUCAAGACCGUAUUUCUCUCUCGCCCCCGCCCACCCACAGUUCUCAUCUCUGGGAGUCAGACAUUCCCGGUGUAUCACCGAAUGUCUCUGUACCUCCCUGCAAUGCGCCAAGUCUCCCCGGUUCCCAUCAAGGACGUCGUUCGAGCCACACCAUUCAAGCCCGCUCGACCUCUCCAUCCUGCGAUUCCCGCUCACUUUGACACUGUUCUCGCCUGGGAGCCAGGGUUGCGUGUCGCUCGUGUGCGAGCGAUCUUCCGCAUGCCCGCAGGUUUUGGCACACACUUCAAGCACCCACUCGCCUACGUCGAGUGCGUCAAUGGUAUGUUCCGCGUAUCUGUCUCUACAAAUAAUUAUCGCCGCCGCUCUUCUAUCAUUCCUGUUACCUCCAUUGUUCGAAGCUGUCAUCUUAUACCUGUGUGGGGACGGGAGGUUGAUCGGACAUGGACAACAGAUAACGUACUAGAUAAAUGUGAGAGGUUCUUCUUGAAUCCUUACCUUCGUCAUCACGACUUUGUACUACUCCGUUAUCUACGUGAUGAUACAUGA